UGCAAUGCGGUAUUUUCGGCCGGUGGAAAUGCAAGAGACCAACAAAGUGUAAAACAUUUCUAUUGAAUCAUGUCUUGUGGUGCGGGCAAUUUUGCUCCGAUAAGAACCAGAGCUUCUGCAGUGUUGAACGAGAAAGCAGCGGAAUCGUUUAACGUGAUCGUAUUUGAACCAAAGAAAGCGGCGCUAGAGAAAAGGAAAGCUCCUCGGUUGCGACCGCCGCUGGCGCAAGAAGAUGGGAAACAUUCGACGGAUGAUGAGGACGACAUAGAUGAUAUAUUUUCCGAUGCACCACGCAAGAAGCCGAAGAAAAUGCAAGACCCAACUGUGUUCGACAUAUCAAAAGCACGCAAGGAAAUCAUCAACUUUGGCAUCAGCGGACUCGACAAGAAGAACAAGCAACAAGCGAGCGUAGCAUUGGCCAUCAAGCUGGGUGCGAAACCACCAAAAAACAAGCCCCGCAAUUACCGUGAGAUAUUGGAAGAACAGCGAGCGGCCAAAAAUAACGAGGCGGAAGUGGCCACUAAACGGCGCACCGGGCAGAUCGCGUACGGGGCUACACAGUCGUACAACAGGUACAAGCAGAGAAAGCUACAAAAGCAGCGGAAUCCUACGUCCAUUAUGAAGCACUAUGGAGUGGCCAAACCGCGUAUGGAUAAGAAAAGAUAAUAAAAUUUGAUGGUCAUUUG